UAUAGUCAAAAUACUCAAAAAUUAGGAAUUACAAAUGACUUUAAAAAUUGUAAUAACAUAUACACAACACAUUUCCUCAUUUUAACCAUUAAUAAGUGUACAAUUCAGUGGUAGCAAACGGCUUUUAACCUAUGAAAUGAUGCUCAAGAUCAUUCAUACUGUGAGAGAUGCAAGUUAAAACUACAGUGAACUACCACUUUAAAGCCAACAAAUUGGCUAAACUGCAAAAGUUUCACAACACAAAAUUGCUGGGAGUAAUACAUAUUGGUUCAAUCUCUUUGAUGCCAAUUUGGUGAUACAUACCACAGUUACAAGUGUACAUACCCUUUGACUCAGCAAUUUCACUUUCAGGUUUCACCUAACAGAUAAGCCUAUGCUAGAAUACAGGGCAGUAAAACAGAACAAGGAAAGUUGCUAUGCACUGGUAUGGAAAUUCUUCAAGAUUGAUUUCUAAGUGAAAAAACAAGGCACAUACCACUGUGUAUAAUAUACUACUUUUUGUUUUGAAAAAAAAAAAAAAAAAGGAAAUUUGUAUUUGAGUUAGCUUGUGUUCGUGUAAGGAAACUUUGGAAGGAUAUAAUGAAACAUUGGUAACCUGUGGAGGAGGUAGCAUUUGGGUGGGAGACAGGUAGAUGGGGGACUCUAUACCUUUUGCCUCUUUCAUUUUUUGAACAUUGCAUGUUUUGCCUAUUCAAUAAAUGAGUAAACAAAGCACACAGCCAUAUGAUGAGAUACUAUGUACUUGUUAAAGAAAGAAAGACUAAGAACGCCCUCAAUAUGUUGAUAUGGAAAGAUACCCAAGGAUAUGAAGUGAAUAAAGGAAAGUGCACAACAGAAUGUACAAUAUGCAACAUUUUGUUGAACAAGUGGGAAAUCUAGGAAUAUUUGUUUUUGCUUGUAUAUGCAUCAAGAAAUCCUGAGAGGGUACUCAAGAGGCUGGAUGUUGUGAUGUGUGGCUGAUUUCCCUCCAGACCCCCAUUAAGAAUGAAAGAUUCCUUGUCAGCUGCUGGGAGAGCUGGGGUAGAUUGAUUUCAGCGGAUAUUCCCUAUGGGGAUAGACCGCCCCCUCACCCAAGGUCCUUGCCCCUUCCUGGGGUGGCUUGUAUCCAGUGACUGAUCAGUGUGGGGUGUGAAGGGCCAGCCCCUCUCACCCAACUCAGGAUCACCCUGCAGGGUCACCCCAGCUAAGACGGCCUCACAGCGUAACUUCUCCCUCUGCCCAAUCCUGCUUCUGUUUGUUCUCCACAGGGAUUGAUCCCAAGAGCAAGCCCAAGAAACCUCCCAUUUCACCUCCUACUUCCCAAGAGUUGGCUUCCUGGGGAACCCAACAUGGGACAAGAAACUGAAAACAGUGGUUUCCUGUGAUUGAGUGGAGCUGGGAAUCUGGACCUACAGAUAAAAACACCUCCUUGACCUCGUCUUACAAUGGAAUUUAAAAAGUCACCUGAUGGUGGAUGGGGCUGGGUGAUUGUGCUUGUCUCCUUCUUUACUCAGUUUUUGUGUUAUGGAUCCCCAUUAGCCGUUGGAGUCUUGUACAUAGAAUGGUUGGAUGCUUUUGGUGAAGGGAAAGGAAAAACAGCCUGGGUUGGAUCCCUCGCAAGUGGAGUUGGCUUGCUUGCAAGUCCCGUGUGCAGCUUCUGUGUCUCAUCUUUUGGAGCAAGGCCUGUCACGAUCUUCAGUGGCUUCAUGGUGGCUGGAGGUCUGAUGUUGAGCAGUUUUGCUCCCAAUAUCUACUUUCUGUUUUUUUCCUAUGGCAUUGUCGUAGGUCUUGGAUGUGGUUUAUUAUACACUGCAACAGUGACCAUUACGUGCGAGUAUUUUGACAGCCACCGAGGCCUUGCGCUUGGCCUGAUUUCAACAGGUUCAAGUGUUGGACUUUUUAUAUAUGCAGCUCUGCAGAGGUUGCUGAUUGAGCUCUAUGGUCUGGAUGGAUGCUUGCUGAUUGUGGGUGCUUUAGCUUUAAAUAUAUUAGCUUGUGGCAGUCUGAUGAGACCUCUCCAGUCCUCUGAUCGUCCUUUGCCUGAAAAAACAGCUUUGGAAAAUGUUCCAGAUAGAUACUCCAUGUACAGUGAAAAAGAAAAGAACCUGGAAGAAAACAUAAGCAUUCUUGAAAAGAGCUACAGUAAUGAGGAAAAAUGCAAGAACCCUUUAGCCAAUGGUGACUGGAAACAGGAGAGCUCACUUCCUAAAAACUCAAUAACAAUGGCACACACAAAGGAGACGGAAACAUACAAAAAGAAAGUUGCAGAACAGACAUAUUUUUGCAAGCAGCUUGCCAAGAGGAAAUGGCAAUUGUAUAGAAACUACUGUGGAGAAACUCUGGCUCUUUUUAAAAACAAAGUAUUUUCAGCACUUUUUAUCGCCAUCUUACUUUUUGACAUCGGAGGGUUUCCACCUUCAUUACUUAUGGAAGAUGUUGCAAGAAGUUCAAAUGUGAAAGAAGAAGACUUUAUUAUGCCUCUCAUUUCCAUUAUUGGCAUUAUGACAGCAGUUGGUAAACUCCUUUUAGGGAUACUGGCUGACUUUAAGUGGAUUAAUACUCUCUAUCUUUACAUAGCUACCUUAAUCGUCAUGGGCCUGGCCUUGUGUGCAAUUCCACUUGCCAAAAGUUACGUCACGUUGGCAAUACUUUCUGGGAUCUUAGGCUUUCUUACUGGUAAUUGGUCCAUUUUUCCAUAUGUGACCACGAAGACUGUGGGAAUUGAAAAAUUAGCCCAUGCCUAUGGGAUAUUAAUGUUCUUUGCUGGACUUGGAAAUAGCCUUGGACCACCAAUUGUUGGUUGGUUUUAUGACUGGACCCAGACCUAUGACAUUGCAUUUUAUUUUAGUGGCCUCUGCGUUCUGUUGGGAGGGCUUACUCUGCUGCUGGCAGCCCUGCCCCUCCGGGAUACAUGCAACAAGCAGCUCCCCAAGCCAGCUCCCGCAACGUAUUUAUACAAAGUUGCCUCUACUGUUUAGAGGAAUAUUGGAAUGCACUAUUUUUGCCAUUUUUAUACAAAAAAUAUUUUAGCAAAUUUUCAAACAAAUUUGAAAGAGUCAAGACUGUUUUCUCAUAACAAAAUUUCCAGUGGCUGACUUUGAAUGAAAAAAAAUUUUUUUACAUGAUCCUCUUCUCCACAUACUGUAUAUAUAGCCUCUAUCUCCUUUUCUUUUUCUAAGAAAUGGAAAUAUUCUGUUGUAGUGUUAUCCAUUAGUUUUUCAAAUUGUAAAAAUUUUGGCCAGUCUCAGAAAUCUUCCUCUGUGUAAAGAAGUAUAUUCUCUACAGACUCCAUUAGUUCCUCUGCAAGGCACCCAGAGGUGACUCUUCUAUUUUAAAGUUGAUACAAGUAGCUUGAUGAGAAAUGUGUGAAGGCUGCUAGGGAAUAAAUCACCCUCUUCUGUAUGCUAGGCUAACUAGGAAAUAGAAAACUUCAAGCCAACCAGGAAGUGAAAGUGAUAACUAAAAGAGCAUUAAGAAUCGCGGUGAAACAAACUGAUAAUUUUUUAAAAAGAUAUUUUAAAUUACAGUCACCAGGUUUCUUUACUCUGUUUUAUUUACCUUGAUGAAGCACCCACAUGUUGUUUGGUGUCCCCUGAGCGGAACCAGACAUUUGCUGAGAUGCAGACGACCACUAAACAGAGCAGCAGUCCCUGCAGCCUUUCUUCACAGUUGGCCACGAGAACCUCGUACAUUUUGGUUUGUCAGUAUCUGGUCAGCUGAUGUCUCCCAGGACGUGCUGAUUUUACUUGUUUCCAAGUUGGAAAUGCAUAGAUCACCCAUUCCGUUCUGCAAAUGGGAAACAUCCGUUUCCAUUUGCUUUGGGCACAGCGGAGAUGGAUUGCAAGUCCUUGCACAUCUUCCUGAUGAGGCAUUUAUUUGCCAGAAUCAGAUUGUACCACUACUGCAUUUUAAUUCAAGAGUAGAACUAAAAAAAUGUGUGUGUGUGGUGUGUAUGUGUUGUACUCUGUGUCUGCAUGGGACAUGGGAAAGGGAAAGGGCAAUAAGAAAUUGAUACAGUGAUCCAAUGUCUUUCUUUCUUCUUAUAGAUCCUUUUCAAAAUGUGGGGCCUGGGUCCCACACUGGGCUAUUUUAAUUGUGUAGAUUUAGGCUGUGGCCCAAGCAUCUAUGUUUUUAACAAGCUCUUCACUUAAGAAUGGCUGUUAAAGAUUGGCAAUUGAGGAAUAUUUAUUCUCUUAAAGAAGAAGAAGAAGAAAAAAAAGAAACCAAUAAACCAUGAGUAAGGGUUUUAUAAACAGUCAAGUGUGGUUCUUUAAAUAGGGGGCACCCUUUCCAUUGUGCCAAACUUGUCUUUUCAUUACUUUUGAAAUAUUUAAGAUGACUUUAUACUUCUAUGUUGCCUUUCUUCGAAGGUGCCUGAAGCACUUUACAAGCCUGCAACCUCACAACCCCUCUGUGAAGUAGGUAGAUAGUACUUUUCUAUGUAGUAAACCCGGGCUAUGGAGAAUUUCAUAACCUAGUUACGCCUACUCAGUAACGCAAUAUCGGGGCUCCAAGGCAUUUUGGGGCUCCUGCUUCACACUCAAUCUUCUGGAAUAUUUUCUGUACCUCAUUCUUUAGUCUCGGUCAAAGGUUGUGAAUAUAAGAAGUGACACUAAAAAAUACCAACUACAUAUUUUUGUGUUGAAAGUUCCUUUUUGCAAAUGUUAUGUUCAGGAAACUCUACAACCUAAAAAUAUUUAACCUGUGGUAUUUCCAUAUUCAUCAAUGCUAAUAAUUGUCCAAAUGCCCCUUCACUGUAUCUACUGUUUGCCCCCAAUGUGUACAUUAUCUAUUGUCUAUGGAAUGAAUUUUAAGUUACAAUAAAAUAUUUUUUUGUUUGUUUUGCA